AUGAAUCGACAGCUCUGCUUUUUGCUGAUUUUUGCUAGCGUCAGCGCCGCCGUUAAUAACGCCAUCACCUGUGACGUCACCUCCAAACCCUGGCACCCCGACCACGGCGGAUGCAUCGAGGUUAAGCGUGAGAUAGACAUCGGAGACUCGGGCAUCGCCUUCCACGAGAACGUCACCGACAAGGAUGGCGGGUGGACAUACGUCACCUACGCUUGCCGUGAAUCGCCGAUGCCGGAUGCGGUGAUCUUUUGCGGUGGGCCACCAGCGCCGCCGAGGCGAGCCAUCCCGAAGACGCCCGGCUGCUGGUCGAUGACGUUGAGGGAUGACCCUCAACAUUCCGCUGAAGCUCUGCCCCUGGGCUAUCGUCGUGUCUUCAACAGGCCGGCAGAUUUUGAUCAUCCGGAGCUGUGGACGACGACCACGACCACUACGACGCCAACCACGACUAGAGCCGUGUUCACCUACCCGCCCGACCGGACCCUGGACCCCGUUUAUCCGGGCAUUCCUGACGAUGAGGAUGAAGAAAAGGAUGGUGUGGAUAUGAGCCUCGUCGGAACUCUGUUGGCCGUCUGCCUCGGCUUGUUGCUGUGCUGUUGUAUGAUCUUCUGCAUCUGCAAGUGUUGCUGGGUUCGUGGGCGUCGUGAAGAAGCCGACGACGGUCCGCAGGCGUGGCGUCCGCAGGGCCAGAGCGGCACCUCCAGCUAUCCAAGACAGCAGCAGCCGCCGAUGAUGCAGCAGCAGCCUCCGAUGGCGUACCCGGUGCCCAACCCACACGAUGAGGGAUCUGAUGAAGUGAACGUCAUCGGGCGUACC